CGUGUCAUAUUCGCGGGAGAGAAUGAACGAGGGAGAGCGAAAAGAAAAACCAAGUUUUUCGGGGGUGCUAGCAAGGCGGCCGCCCCGACGACGAAGAUGUUGUGUCACCGGAAUGGGCCAUGUUGUCGCCCUGUGCCGGCUCUAACUAGCACCUAGUACGCGUCGAAUGCACCGAACAGCGGGAAGGACGCGACGCUUAAACAGCGCCCGCCAAGUGACGAACUGACGGCAACGACGAGCGGCGCCGCGGCAAAACAAAACCGCUCGCUCUCCUCGGGCUGUGUGACACGGCAUGCCCGCCGAACUACGCCGCCGCUCUGCUGCGAGACUCCCGAGGUAGGCGAGGAAUCCAUCUUUGCCCUCUUCGCGGUGUGUGUGUGCCGCCGCGGCUGAACUCGCACGGCACAAGGGAAGGAAGCGAUUUCGGCGACGCGCUCGGCCGGCUCUCUCGCUUGCCGCCGGCGCCGAUACCAGUGGGUGACAUUUGCGAAUUGGCGUUCGGCGGCGGCGCGCGACGUAUGCGCCCUAUCAAUCAACCGCUCGUGCACGGUGCCGACGAAAACCUGGUCGCCUCCUCGCCGCAUUCGGACAACGCCGAAGACCAGAGGGGCCGCGAAGCACGAGGGAAGUGCGACCACGACAAGCAGCACCACGUGCGCGCAGCGCUGGCGUUCGACAACGGCGAGCAACACGCCAUGUACGCGCAGAACGGCGAUGCCCUGGACGGCGGCGGGCUGGCCCAGCCGUUGCUCGCCGCUCCGGUGAAGCGACGACGCAGCGAGGACGGCGAGCGCACCAAGAGGGCACGCGGUGCCGACGUCCAGCGCGGCUGCGAGUCCGACGGAGACCUGCCCAGCGUCGGCGCUCAAUCGACGGCGACGGCGCACCAUCACCACCACCACCACCAUCACAAGAAGGCGGCGCCGACCGGCGCCGAUGCGGACCACCAACCGAGCAGCGCAGGGGAUGUGCACGGCGUCUGCACGCUCGAGGAAGGCUCGCUGAAGCUCAAGAUCUCGUUGCACCGGCCGCUCGCUCUGAUACCUGACGGCUUAUCGGCAACGGGAAAGCCCCCCGGCGGUGAUAAAGCGGCAGAUAGCAGCUGGCCGCAGAGCCCCCUGGCCAAGCCCGGCCAUCAGCGGGACGGCGAAGAGGACCUCGCUCACACGACGGUUCCCAACACACAUUCCCCGGCUGCCCAGCCUACCUCGCCCGACGCUGGCAGUGCUGUGCAAAAGGUGGAGGCCGUGUUCCCAUUAGUGGACUCCGAUAGUGUGUAUGACAUGGUCGCUUCGGCUUCCAGUCCUGUUGCGCCGCUCGUAGUGCGAAAGGUGGAGCUUCCUAAGGCGCCCUCGCCACAAGAGGUAGCCUCAGAGUUGUCAACCAAAGAUUCUCUCAGCAUCGAUAUACUCGAUACCUCAACUGCUGUACUGAAUUAUGCUGUCCAAGUGGAAAAGCAGGAAAUAUGUAGCCUGCAAUCCAGGCAUCCUUUAAGCAUCCCUGCAUCAAAGACUGCUCUUUUCACUCCAGCCGCAACUGCCACUUCAAAGGUACCAUCAUCCGAACCAAACACUGACCUUUCGCCGGGUAUCAGGACACCCGGCAACCAUGCUAUUCCCAAAGAGCUUUUGCCUACAAUAGACACUUGUGCGCGUGAACACAGUGCAAUUGGAGGCCGUACUCGUAAGAACACCACUCCUGGUCACUAUGUAGCCUACCAGGCACCACACAACAGAAGGCGGCUUAUUCAGGACACUUCAAAGCUGAGAAGCAAGAUGAGAAGUCCCAUAGACUUCCCUGCGCCACAAUCUUUUGAGAACAGGAAAUCUCCACAAAGUUUCCACCAUGUGCAUGUGUCUGUUGGUCAAAAUGGUGGUCGAGGCUUUGUUAACCACAACUCAAUCCUGGACCACCCAAGUGUGCAUGCAAGAAUGUUCCCUCCGGGAGCGACACCUGCCAGGCUAGCUGCACUGCUCACAACGAGAAUGCCGCAAGAACAUUCCGCAGCGAAGCCGUCUGCAGUGCAGAGCAAAGCAGGCACGUCUUCAGAUGAGCAUCAACCGCUGGACCUUUCAAGGGCUGUAAACAAGCCCACACUGCCCAAGAUGUCGUGCUUAGCUCAAACUACGAGCAACUAUGUGCCACCCAUUAUGAUGUUCUAUAUGAGAUCUGGUAGCAGGCAGAGACUGGAAGGCAUCGUAAAAAAGCUAUGGGAAAAACGCAACAUCCCAGUUCGAGGCAGGCCUCGUCCUUAGCAUAAGUCUCUGUACAAGAACAUGCGACAGAGACAGUGUUUUGUGAAUUGGAGUGUUCUGACUGCUGGAACUACGGUUGAGUGCAGCUGUAAAUGGUGUUUUUGUAGAUCACAAUGUUUGUGUUCGAAAUGGGGAGGGCGGGGACAUCUUGUUACUUUGUAUUAAAAAAAAGUGUGUAGCAGUA